GUGACGCACUCAGGACGCGCCCCCUGGGCAUGGCGUCCGAGAAAGGCUGGCGUCCGUUAGCGGCCGGUACUGGGUCCCGGACCGGGGCCGGGGUGUUGGCGCCACGCCAGGGCCGAAGGCGGGGACAGGCAGAACCACUCGCUGUGUCCUGCUCGCCGCAGCAGCGACGGCGGCAGGUGCCGGCGAGGCCCGCGGGGAGAGGAGGAGCAGUUCCGUGGGUGAGACGCUCGGCCGGGCCGCGGCCCGCGCUAAACCGGCGCGAUGCUCUUCUCCCUCCGGGAGCUGGUGCAGUGGCUGGGCUUCGCCACCUUCGAGAUCUUCGUGCACCUGCUGGCCCUGUUGGUGUUCUCUGUGCUGCUGGCGCUGCGGGUGGACGGCCUGGCCCCUGGCCUCUCGUGGUGGAACGUGUUCGUGCCCUUCUUUGCCGCUGAUGGGCUCAGCACCUACUUCACAACCAUCGUGUCUGUACGCCUCUUCCAGGACGGAGAGAAGCGGUUGGCUGUGCUCCGCCUCUUCUGGGUCCUCACGGUUCUUAGCCUCAAGUUUGUCUUCGAGAUGUUGUUGUGCCAGAAGCUGGUAGAACAGACUCGGGAGCUCUGGUUUGGCUUGAUCACGUCUCCGGUCUUCAUUCUUCUGCAGCUGCUCAUGAUCCGUGCCUGUAGGGUCAACUAACCUCGCAGAAAGGCGGGAGAAAGAACUCUGGAUAGCUUGGAUGCUGAACCCCGAGCUGAGGCCCUAAAGGGGCCUUCCACCGUACCAAAGGAGAAGUCUGGGUCUGAAAGCAAAGCCAGCUGCUGCUCUGGCGAGUGCUCAAUUUUCUCUAUACCAAUCGUCUAAAAUUGUUCCCUCAGCAAAGCUAAAAAGAGCAGCCUUGAUCCUUAAAAUGUAUUUCUUGUUAUUUCAUGUUUUGAAUAGGUAAUCGCGAGUUGAGAUCCUGAGAAGGACCCCACACCAGACAUUACAGAAUUCCUUUGACAGUUGGAAGCUACAUAUACUUAAAAUGUCCUGAUGGGCUCAGAGUAUUUCCCUGGAUCUUGGGGAAGUACUCCAUAUGCAAAAGCUGCAAAGCUGGAUUUGGGGAUUUCCUCUGCCCAGCAGCACUAACCCAAGAGCUCACUGCCCCAUCUAUCCAGACAAGACUUACCUAGAUGCUUGAGCUCUAAAAAAUGUAAACAAGCUUGUGUCUCCUCCCCUGAGCCACUGGGGAGGAUGGCCCCUUCUUCAUUCCAGCCCAGGCAGACAGGAGUAUGUUGAAUAAGCGUGAUUGGGACCCUAUUUGGAGAUCUGUUGCCUGAAGGAACUUUGCUUAUAAAGCACUGCUUGGCUUCUAUCCCAGCCGAUUGCAUUGUCCACAACCUUUCAACCACCUUGUGGCCAGCACUGUUAGCACACCUGAGACAGAUUUAGGCCUCCCUAAAAAAGGGACUAGAGGAACAGCUCUGAUGCUCCUAGGCUGGGACCCACAAAUGGUCUUGGCCCACGGUUGGGGGCCUGGAGCCUUUUUUUUCCCCCUAGGGUCUUUAAUGCCAGUUAGGUGCCAAAUGAGAAUGUCUGAGAUAAAAAUAAAAUAAGAAUGUUUUGCUGA